UAAAAAGCAUUUCACAUGAAUAUGUGUGAACUCUAAGCUGAGACUGAAUAGAAGUGUAGAAAGGCGGCAGAGGAAGCGGCCGGGGAGCAUCUGAGAGCCCUCCUCUCUGGCCACCAUGACCUCAGCCCCGGCCACCAAUGGGGUGUUUGUGGUCAUCCCCCCCAAUAACGCCAGCGGUAUCCGGCCGGGCCCGGCCAUGCUGCCCAGGACCCUGUGCCAGUCUCCGGGGACUCUGCAGUUUGAGGAGCCGCCACUGGGCCCGCAGCCUCCCGGAAACGCGCCUCCUCAGAGACUUCUCCCGGCAGAGACGUUCCUGAACGGGGAGCCCAAGGCCUUGGGGACGGUCCAGAUCCUGAUCGGCCUCAUCUACAUCAGCUUCGGCAGCGUCCUGCUGAUGUUCCGGAGGGGCUACGUGGGCAUGUUGUUUGUCGAUGGAGGGAUCCCCUUCUGGGGAGGAGUGUGUUUCAUCAUCUCUGGAUCCCUCUCGGUGGCUGCAGAGAAGCAUCAUACCAGCUGUCUGGUCAAGAGCAGCCUGGGGAUGAACAUCCUCAACAUCAUCGCUUCCUUCGCUGCCACGGCCAUCCUGCUGAUGGACUUUGGGGUGACUAACUGGGACGUGGGCCGGGGUUACCUGGCCGUGCUCACCAUCUUCACCAUCCUGGAGUUCUUCAUUGCUGUUAUUGCCACCUAUUUCGGGUGCCAGGCGACCCGCUCCAGCACCAAUACACAGUCCAUGGUUUUCCUGCCCAACGCCUUCAGCACAGACUUCAACAUCCCCAGCCCAGCAGCCACCCCGCCCCCGGCCUACGACAACGUGGCCUAUACUUCCAAGGAAGCCUCGGAGUAGGAGCCGCCGCCCUCCCGGAGCCUGCCCGCCCUCCGCAGCCCCGGGAGAAGGCUGCCCCGGCCCAUUGUCCCCAGUGUCCGCCUAGGUCAGCCGGCCUUGGGCCGAGGGUCGGCCACGAUGGGUUGGGGGCCGGGACCCGGUGUCCUGCUCCUCCAGUCAUUUCUUUCCCCAGAGACUCCCAGUGGGGGCAGUCGCGUGUUCCCGCCAUUUCCCUGGGCUCCGUGGCCCUGGGCGGCAGGAGGGUGAAGGGUUCGGAGCGCCGGCCCGGGCUUCGAAGUCCCAGUCUCCUGCAGCAGCAAAUCCAGUUUAAUAAAAUUGGGGCAGAUUAUUGGACCCCCGUCCCUCCUCUGAAAGGAAUGGAUGGUCAGAGAAGAGCUUCUGCUGCUGUCUGGGAAGGUCCUGUCCAGUGUGUCCCCAGUACGGUGGCUCGGAAGGUCCUGUCUCCCUCGCCUCCAAUAUGGUGGCUCGGAAGGUCCUGUCCAGUCUGUCCCCCGUACGGUGGCUCGGAAGGUCCUGUCCAGUUUGUCCCCCGUACGGUGGCUCGGAAGGUCCUGUCCAGUGUGUCCCCAGUACGGUGGCUCGGAAGGUCCUGUCCAGUUUGUCCCCAGUACGGUGGCUCAGAAGGUCCUGUCCAGUGUGUCCCCAGUACGGUGGCUCGGAAGGUCUUGUCCCGCUCAUUCCUGCCGUGGCUCCGCAGCCCGGCUUUGAUAAUCUGGGAGCUGAGUUCUCUGACACCCCCCAUGCUAAGCGUCCUCCCACUUUGACAUCCCCCCUUCUGAGGCAUCUUGGGUGGGGGCAUUCAGGAAGCUGGGCGGUGUGGUGGGCAUAGCGCGGGCCUUAGAAUCAGACACUGAGAUCAAAACCUGCUUCCGAGGCCUUCUAGCUGUCAGUGACGCUCUCCCAGCCUCAGUUUCCCCAUUUAUAAAAUGGGAGUAGCAUCCAUUUCGCAGUUGGAUCCAAUGAGCUAGCGCAGGUGAGGAGCUUUGAAAGGCUCCAAGUGCUACACCAAUGCUGGUGCCUGUGGUCCCAAGUUCCCUUCUGGCCCUGGAGUUCUGUGAGCCUGAUUCAUCCCCUCGGCUUCCCGGUCUGCUCUCUUGCUAAAAUAGACUCCCGUUUCACAGCUCCCACCCCAGCUGUGUUUCUAAAUGUCGCCUAAGGUUCAGCUCUGCAGACUGAUUGGCUGAGUGGGCCCCUCAGAGACCCUCAAACCACAUUUCACACAGUCUAAUCCUCCUCCAACCCAGGAAGAAUCACGCAGUUUCCAUCCUGGGAAUCUGGCCCAAAGGCUGGCCCGCGUUCAGGGAAGGGCCCCAGGGAGGCUGCGCUUCCUACUCCGAUCCCCCCCGAUGACCCCAAUCUGAGAAAUCUGCAGAAAAACUUGUUCGAUGGCAGGAGAGUGACUUCCUCUCUCGGAGCCUCAGUUUUCCCCUCUGUAAAUUGGGAAAGAGAGCGCGGGAAGGUUAAACUAGAUCUUCUCCACAGAGAUAAUUUCCCCUCCAGAUUCAGAUCCUGAUCUGAAGAGCCAGAAGCUCCGGGUGACUGAGAAGCUUCCUGAAAGACCCGGGAGUGGCAGGGGACCAGGACGGUCCAGGCUGGGGCAGCUGGGCUGGGGGCCCCUUGCAGGCUAGUUCCGGCUGCUGGCGGGUGCGAGGGUGCUUUGUGUCUGUCUGUGUCUGCAUGUUCCCGUAUCAAUGACUGGAAUAAACGUGUGGCUCAAAC